AUGACGUUCAUCAAGGUUCUGGUGCCUCUUUUUUUAAUCACUAUGGCGAAGGGACAGCCGAUAUCGUACAACGCGUACGACGAAAGGGAAUUGUCCCGGGAACAUCCGCCAUUCUUGUUGUUGGUCAAUCAUCGGAUUCCGGACUUAGAGAAUGAAAUGUUUGACUCGGGUAACGAUCCAGGAUCAACGGUGGUCCGGACCAAACGGAUCGGCUCUCUGUCAAUCGUAAACUCCCUGGACGUGUUGCGUCAGAGGGUCCUCCUCGAGCUAGCGCGACGCAAGGCGAUGCAGGAUCAGCAGCAGGUCGACGCGAAUCGUCGUCUCCUGGACGUGAUCGGUAAACGAUCGUUGCCACUGUACACCGGCGGCAUGUCCAGGCCCGUCGACGCGAGAUCGAGGAACGGGAUCGAGUUCACGUUCGGGCAGGACGGUAGGAGCCGCGAUCGUAGCUUCGCGCCGGAGAGGAUCCCGGGAAGGCUCGACGACUGGCUCCAAGUAGACGACGCCGCUUAUCGAGAGAGACACGACGAUCAAACACGAAGGGUGCAGGCGAACGAAUUACAUCUACUCUAAUCAACCCCGAAGAACAGGAUGGAAAUCAC